AAAUGGGUCAGUUGUUGGUAAAAUUCAAGGAAUGGCGUGAAAAACUUGAGUUAUCGCACGAAAAGGCAAAACAUGGUAAAUAUUUUAAAAAUAUCUCUUAUUUACCGUUUGUGAGUUUACACUGUUAACAAAACAGUUUUUCGUGGUAAAUUUCGGUUCAUCUUGAAAGAAAGCAACUCGAAUUUGACGCACGUUGUUGACUCCAACCAAGAAUAUUGUUUGUAAACUUUUCACAUACGUUAUGAUGGCAAUAUUUUUACAAUGAAUGUCUCAUAUGCUCCGUGACUUCAAGAUGUCACUGAGCGUUAGGAUCAAAGAUGCUUCGUUAUUAUCAUUAUUACUACAUCUUAUGACAGAUAAUCUUAAAUUGAGAUCGGCAAAUAUUACAUUUGUUGGGCACACUUAUCAUAACGCUUUUUCUAACGAAGAUGUUUUCAUAAAACUGAACUCCCGUUUAAGUUUCUUUGAGCGCUAACAGCGACGAUCAAAGAGCGAGAUAUCCCAAUACAAUCCUUCUUUGACUGUCAAAUAAAGGCGGAUCACAUUUUAGUCCAGAAUGGUUAAAUUUUGGUUCCAAAAUUAAACAACUUAUUCAGAGGUUGCCUGUUUAUAAUAACUUCUUCCUUGAAGAAAGGGUGCAGAAUCGGUGAACUUCCGAAAUGAAAAUAAUAUAAAAGCCGCCCACUGAAAAUCCGGUCAUGAAUAUUCAUUUUCAUUUAACUGUCACAUUUUAUUCCCCUUAACAUUUUCAGUAUCUUUUUCAAGCACAAGAGUCAAUUAUGACAUUAAAACCUUGGCAAAUGAACAAGCUUUCUCAGCUCAUUUUACAUAUGUAUCAGUCAAUAUGUUUACAGUGUUUAAGUACUAUUUGAACAGAUCAUUCAGACUGAGGAUCGAAAGACAAUCUUUUUUUUUAUUAUCAUUUACCAAAUAUUGCUAAGAUAUGAAGAUUUUCGUCAUCAGUAAAACUGCUAGGAUUUUGAUGUUUGACAUGAUUUUCACAAUGCCUUUUCCUGAAUAUCAUUUUCUUGUAAGUAAGCUGUAAACAGUGUUAUAUCCAUAUCAUGAGGUAGACUAAGCACUAGUUGUACUGAGAUUGGUCAAUUGUACAAGAGCGGAAAAACGGCUUUUCGUAAUGCAACAGUUACUACUAGAACAGUUAUUGAAGUUUUCAAACAAAUUGAUCUCUUUCGAGAUAUUUCACCGGCCACGGCCGGUGAAAGCAAAGAAGAAUACCACUAUGUAGAGAAUUUAAAGUUGUUUUAAUUAUUUAGUUAUAUUUUUGUAUUGUUUUGGUUCGUUUGAGUGCAAAAUUAAACGUAAGAACUUCAUAAAGAUACAAAAGACAUUUUAAAACUGUUUGAAAAGGCAUUUUGACGACGUUUCGACGUUGCUUCACGUCAUUAUCAAGUCAAGAGUAAAAAAGACAAGUGGAAACAUGUAAAGUAAUUGAAAACAACCAAAAGAAUGUUUUUGGCCCGUAUGGGUAUACGUUUCCAAGGUGAAACUACUCUGACGCAGGGCUAACGCUAGAAACGUCAGCUUUUAAACUCCUAUCAACUCAGUUGAUAACACUUAAUUACCUGUUAUACUCUCCCACCGACGCAGCACCCCAGUUUCUUCAGAAACUUACCCCCUUAAAUAUGUUAGGUGAAAGAAAGGCUUAGAGCGAGUCGAGUCAUUCUGUGCGUUCAAUGCGGAGAGUUUGAUGUCACGGAUAACAAGGAUUUCGUAGAUUGCCUCAUUUAAGUCCUUAAAAUAUGUACCAGCAAAUUGACUGUUUGAUUUGAUAUGCAUUUAUAUGAUGAGGUCUUUUUUUGUGUGUGUUUAUUAAUUAUUGACUCAUUUUUGCACAGGGUCUUCCAGGACCAUCUCUCUAGAGCAGAAGUUGUUACCCAGUGAAGACGAUCAGAAACCAACCAAAGACUACGGUGCAACACAUGAAACUAAAACACUGCCAUCCUCAGAUGAACUAUUCACGAAAUUAGAUACGUUGGAACGUGUCUUGGAUGACCAAAAGAAAUUCCUCGAGGAUCAUGAUGCAAAGAUACAAGAAAUAGAAAAUUUUAUUAGAAAACUAGCCAACGAGCGAGAAGAAAAUCAGCAAGGUGAGCAAGGGGAAAACGUAAACUGAAUCUAGAGGUUUUUAGCUUGGAGGCACAUCUUAAUGGCCGAUAAAACUGUUUCAGCAAAAUCGACUUGAAAAUGAUUCAGGUUACCAAGCAGUUGGGAACAAUGCUGUUCUUUCCGGGACCAUUAAGCUUCAGGAGACUUUUCGUAGCCCAGCCAUUAGCGUCAAAAGACUGUCCUGCAUUGCGCUAAGAUUCGAAUGCCUCAGAGUUCCGGUACAAGUAUACCAUCUACUUUACUAUCAAAAAUUGAGUUCUAAUUUUGUAAGCAAAUGCUUUCCAUUUUUCGUUCUCCAGCUAUUGAGUUGCCUCACUGUCUCGUUUCAGAGGUUAAACUCAGUGACCCCUGGAGAAGGUUUGAGCAACACAAGCAGAUUCUAACGAGCCACGAGGAACGACUCGAGAAAAAUGCCACCAAGAUUGAGAUUAUUAAAGAAAUGCUGGAUGACAUACAAGGUACGGUCUUAAAUAACCUUUUUGGUACCAGUAUUUUUUUCGUUUGUUGAUUUUUUUGGGUCACCAUCUGGCUCUCUUAACUUUUGUACAUGUAGGACCCAUAUAGCUUAGGCCUAUGAUCAGCCCUCGUGGGCUCCCCUCGCGGGCUCCCCUCGUGGGCUCCCCUCACGCACGUUUCGUGGGAAAUAACUUUUCCUUUCACGAUUCAUGGAAGGGAAUUCUAAAAAAAAUUAAAGAUCUUUAAAAUCACUGUAUCUGAAAGGUGGGCUUAAAAUUUCUCUCUUCACAGAUAUUAGUUUGAUGAAAUGAUGCCUUUCGAAAAAUGCAUCCCAUCAAUUCAAUUUCCCAUUUGAAUGAAAAGUCCUUCCGUGAGUCACGAGUAUGCUGUUACCAUCUGCUGAACAGUAAAUAUUUUUCCAUAGCCCCAUGUAAGGGGUAUUGGAAAUGCAUAAGUAAUUUUGCUCAAUGUCAGUUUCUACAUGACUGCACCCCUACCCCUCCCCUCACCCAACAACAAUGAACUACUAGCACCUUUGAAUUAUUGUUACGUUAGGGGAGGGGUAGGUGCUUAGUUGCUCAGAUACUCACAUUGAUCCUGUAAUUUUGUUUUAAAUUUAAAAGGAGGCCAAGGAAGUGAGGUGUUGAAGCAAAAACUUAAGGAAUACAAAGAACUGUUGAAAAAGGGAAGAGAAUGUUAUGAGAGGUUAAAGGAAGAGGUACAGGAACAGCUUCAAAUCCAACAGAAGCAACUCGAUAACAUGUUAGCUGGUUUUAUAGUGGGUUUUGUGGUACUGGUGAUAAUUUUCAUGGUACCAAGAACACUUUUGACAUCUGGAUAAUACCUGUACCACCAACAUCACUUAUUGUUGGAACAAUGCUACCAGCUGUUAAUUACUGCCGUUUAACAUUGGCAAACAUGGGCAAGGCCGCAAAACAGGGCUCAAAUAUCAAACUGCAUUAAAAAUUAUUACUGCUAUUUAACAUUGGCAAACAUGGGCAAGGCCACAAAACAAGGCUCAAAUAUCAAACUGCAUUAAAAAUUAUCAUUACAGUUGUAAUAUUCGACAACAAACAGCUUUAGUCAUUAAGGGGUGAUUUUCACAAGAACUACUCCCUAAGGUAUGAAGUAAUUUAACUUCCUUAAAAAAAUUAUCUUGACAAGCGUGUAUGACAAGCUUAUUCCAAAG